CUGAUUGGCUGAUUUUCUUCGGUACCUCAUAAAUGCAAGUCUGUAAACAAACUAGUAUGGCGAGUCUAAGAUACCAGGAUAAAGUUACGAUAAUCACCGGUGGUUCUAAAGGCAUUGGCAAGGGAUGCGUGCAUGUUUUUGUUACCAAUGGAGCUAAAGUUGUGUUCUGUGCUCGGGGAGAAGCAGACGGUAAACAGCUGGAGUCCGAGAUGAAUGCCAAGGGACCUGGUGAAGCUUACUUUAUACCGUGUGAUGUUAGCAAGGAGGAGGAUAUAAAGAACUUAAUUGAAAAGACUGUUGAGAAAUAUGGAAGGAUAGAUUGUUUAAUAAACAAUGCGGGAUAUCAUCCUCCUCAUGCAAAAAUUGAUGAUAUAACUGCUGAUGACUUCAGAGAACUUCUUAACCUCAAUUUGAUCAGCUACUUUCUCACUUCUAAGUAUGCCUUGCCCUACCUGCGUAAAACGGAAGGGAAUAUCAUCAAUGAUUCAAGUCUGGUGAGCCAGAUUGGUCAGACUGGUGCCGUUUCAUAUGUUGCAACAAAGGGUGCCAUUACAUCAAUGACCAAAGCUUUAGCUAUAGACGAGGCAGCCCAUGGAGUGAGAGUAAAUGCGUUUUCUCCAGGUAAUAUUUGGACACCUCUUUGGGAGAUGGCUGCUAAGACAACGGGUGACCUUGAAGUUGCAAAACAAGGAGGAGCAGAUGCUCAGCUAAUUGGCCGAUUUGGAACAAUAGAAGAGUGCGGUGAGGCCUGUUUGUUUCUUGCUGCUGAAGGAACAUUCUGCACUGGAAUUGAUCUAAACCUCUCAGGUGGAGCCGAACUUAAUUACGGCCUAAAGAAUAUGAGAAAGAGAUCAGGCUUGUUCAGCUAGACUUGUCUCAUUAAGAGAAGAGCAACACCAUACCUCUGACUAUCUCUCGGGUGGACUGCCUACAUCAUUAUUUUAUUAAAAAAACAUUAAAGUGAUGGUGCAAAUCACGUUACCAUUUCUAUAAUUCUUAUCAAUAUGUCACACCUUAGAAUGCUUGUUGAAUGUUUAUUUUUCUAUCAUGUAUUGUAAAAGAUAAUUUCUCUUUUUAAUUAUCCACACUUUUAGGUGCAAUAUCUAUUUGAUAAUUUUGUUUAUAUAUACUCUUAACUAUUUAUAAAUGAAGUUUUUUUCCCUUCAAAUCAUUAUACAUGUAUUUGAUAAUUUUAGUAUUGUAUAUAUUUGGUAUCAUCAUUUGCUCUGUUUCAGUGAUGGACCUGUUUUAGUGGUUAUGUCAAUUGCACACAAUAGUACCAUAUAUCUUCACCUAAAUGUCGAUCUCGGCUAUAAGUCGAAUCCCUAAUUUCAAGACCAGAAUUAUUUUUUUUAAAUAUAUUAUUGAACCAUUUAUAAGUCGACCCUUGAAAAACAACUUAUAAAUAUUGAAGUAUUUCUUACUUUCAGCAAAUGAGAACCAUAAAUGUACAAUAUUUG